GACUAGAAAGAAAAGGAUUUUGGAAAGGAGUGGAUUGGAAAGGCGCUCCAAUGUCAUCUUUGACAGAAAAUAAGACACGUACAGUUUGCUUGUUUCCAAAGAGCCCAUCCUUUUCCUGGGCAACAGUAUGAGAUACCCAACAUCAUCAUCAUCAUCAUCAUCAUCCUCCUCCUCCUCAUCUCCUCAAGGCCGUGGUCUACUGUGGGUUACUGCUAAAUAAAGGGGUUACUUACACUAGUUGAGUCAAUGUGGUAAACAACUGGCUUGAUACUUUUUUCUUUAUCUAUUUUGAUUAAAUAAGGAAAUCACCAACGUAGGCUAGUCUGAGACAUUUUCGUUGUGCCAAUGCCAGGCUUUCCAUUGGUUCCUGUUUACAUGAUGCCCACAGGAGACGCGGUGAUUGGUGGCGGUUUACACGUGACCAGACAACUUUGUACAUUUGACAGAGAGUAGGAGGGUUUUGUGGAGAUCAGAAUAACGACAGAGCGAUAAAAAUUAGUAUUGUUGCACUUCACAAAUUAAUGAUCAUGAGUUCAUACUUGAUAAACUCGAACUAUAUCGAACCUUCCUUUCCUCCAUGCGACGAAUAUCAACAGAACGGAUACAUCCCCGCCCCUACUGAGUACUACGAACGGCCAAAAGAUUCGGGCUUUCCCCAUCACGACGAGGCGUCCUAUCCGAGGUCAAACUACACAGAACCGAGCUACGACUACGGUAAUGUCCCUAACAACGGUCUCGACGAUUUCACCGACAGGCAUCACGCACAGGCUCACCCCGUUGCCCAGAACCAUGGCCCUCGCCUCAACCCAGUCCCAGACAGCGGUGCCGUGGCGGACGUGAGCAAAGACUGCAGCCUCGCCACUGAGUCUUAUUCCAGCGCACAGAAGGGAAAGGAAGUGCCGGUGGUCUACCCCUGGAUGAAGAAGGUCCAUGUUGUCAAUGCUACUUACAAUGGAGGAGUGCCCAAGAGGUCUCGCACUGCCUACACCCGCCAGCAGGCUCUCGAGCUGGAGAAAGAAUUCCACUUCAACCGCUACCUGACCCGACGCAGGCGCGUGGAGAUCGCGCACACGAUGUGCCUGACCGAACGUCAGGUGAAGAUCUGGUUCCAGAACAGAAGAAUGAAGUGGAAGAAAGAUCACAAGCUGCCGAACACAAAGAUCCGCUCCGCAAGCUCAGCCUCGUCCUUGGGAGCACAGCAGCAGCAGCAACAACAGAAAAUCAAAACAGCCACGCACCAGCAGCUUGUUCCCACGCCUUGCACCGCGAGCCUAUAGUGAUGGAACCCUCGCGCCAAACCAACAGACUGAGAACAGAACACAGAAACAGAAUUUUGUGGCCCGAUUCUCGAGUAUGGCCCCCAUGGUAUUACCCCAUUCCCUUGGCCUUUGGGCCUGUCGCGUCCUUUCAAAACCAUUUCCCCUCUCAACCUCCUCUUUCUGUUUGUUCACUCUCUGCUCAUUAUUGAGCUCGAAAUGCGCCACGUACUGCCCAAGAUGGCAACUGAAAUGUAUGUACUUGUUUAUUAAGACAGAAGGUUAACGCACAUUCAAAUGCACCACAGGACCUUGGAUUAUUAUGUAUCAUUGCAUAGAAUAAAAAGAAAGAGAAUGAGUCGAGAGAUAUGUGAGGCCGCGUUUUUCUUUUUCUUCUAUGCAAUGUUUUUGUUUAUUCUCGUGGAAAGUUUUAAUAUACUUGAAAGAAUGACGAUGUUUUAGGAAAGCUCGAGUGCCCGGUCUGAGACCUAUCACGAGGUUUAGAACGGGACAGGGUAGUAGUUAGGGUUUAGCUCGUGAUGUGUGAAUGAGUUGGUUUACUGUUGAAUGUGUUAUUAACUCGUGUAAUGUCCAGGUGACUUUCACCCCUAAUGUACAUAGACAAAGCAUAGCGAAGGCACAAUACUGAAUCCAUUUUGUCGGCUAAAAAAAGACAACCUCGUUUGUUUGUUCGUGUAGUAGUGUAGAUUCGUUUAAUCUGUGAUAGUGUGUCCCUAUUUUGUGGUGUGAUCUAAACUGUGAAUAUUUGUAUAUGUUGUUUGAUUAAUGAACGGUGUAAUAAUGUAUUGUAGUUUAGGCACAUGCAAGAAACGUUUCCCGUGAAAUAAAUAUGUACUUCAAUUGUA